CGGCAGAGCCUAAACGAAAAAGCCAGCACGUGCUAAAUCGGAGGACGUUGGACAUUUUUACACGGUACCCUGCCAAGCUGAGGCCAUUCGGUCAUUUUUCCAAAUCGCAGUAGGAAGUAAAUUCAAGCAAAAUGCCACAAGGGAAAAAAAAAAUGAAAAUUCAAGUUCUGGGCAGGAAGAGUGCAAAGCAUUCCCAUAUGAAAAAGAAGGCAACAGCUGUAAAGAAAGGCCGGUAUAUUGCUCCUAAGAAAGCUAAGGAAGUCAAGAUGUCCAAAUUGAAGAAGAAUCUGCAGAAGGCAAUUGAUAGCAAUAAUGAGAAGGAAGUGGUUGCUAUGGCAGCUGCAAGGGAACCAAGGCCUAUGAAGGUGUUGAAUCUUCCAUCGCCAGAUCUAGGAGGAAAAAAGAGUACCAAAAAGAAAUGAACAGAUGCCUCUCAGAACUGUAAUUGAUGCUGAAUUUAUUUAUUAAACAGAAAUCCAGAAGUAGGUGUGGAAUGGAAGGAGAGGAUCGAAUUGUUUCAUAGUACAUAUUUUAAAACAUUUUCAGUUGUCGAAUUCCAUUUAACAGGUUCUGAUAAUUUUGUCAACUUCAGGUCCAAAGUGGAUCUUAAUGGACGAGAUAAAGAUGACUCUGAACAUUAUCAGAAGACAGUUUUUAUUCUUCAUAAAUUCUAAACUGGCUUUUUAUUAAUAAUGACAUCUGUGCCAUUUUUGUACAAAACUGUAAUUAUUUCAUACUCUGACAUCAAGGAGAUGCAGUGCUUAUUGCAGAAUUAGUUGUUGGUUGAUCUUAACAGAAAUUCCUGUUUACUCAGAUGUACAGGUUUAGAGAUAAACAUAAACAUACAGUGUCUGUCAGUUGGUUGCAAUUGAA